AUGGCAGUCGAUUGCAAUUCUGAAGAAGAAUCGGACCAGGAGGAAGACGAAGAGAACUCUGAUUCCGAUUCAGAUUCAGAUUCGGAACCAGAGUCUGUAGUCACUCCUCCGACCCAGGAAAUUCCCCAGGAAAGUCAUUUCGUUGCUGCUGCUGCCGCCGCUGCCGCCGCUCCCAAAGCCAACUUCACCCUCGAAGAACUUUCCGACUUCGACCCCAUGGAUCAGGACCGCACAGGGACCAUCGCGCCUUCGGGCUUCUCCUCUCCAGCCUCGGCCCGCUCUCACUGGACGCCUCUCGACCCCGACGCUGUCGGCUCCAGCGCCCGUAGACUCCGACGACGAGUCGGAGAUCGGCGCAGCUUCAUCCACCUCCAAUUCCAAGACCCGCCUCCUCCUCGCAUUGACGAGCUCGACGAGCCAGAGAGCGAAGUCGAAGGGACCUUCAUCUUCUGCGACAGCGGCACGCUGGCACAGGAGCUCCCUUACUACUCCAUCGAGAUCAUGGAGUACUCCACCCCCAGCCCAUAG